UGAUAGGCUCCAUACAACACCAGCCUCCUGCAUGCUAGCCACCUCCACUACAAAGGCUUAGCUACUACCCCACCGCUCUCACUUAGUCCGACUUCCGAAAGCUCUGAGCUCUGUGUGGGGUAUUGUGGGGAAGCUUGCAGCGGAAAGCUUUUCCCACGCUGAAUCUAAGCUUCGAGGGGCCCCAGCUAUAGCAGCCAUCGCGGAUGACUUGCCGAACGUGAGGGAACUGCACGACUCAGAUCUUGUCCCAAUGGCAUAUAAAGCAGGUGGAACGUCGUUACUGCUGCGAGGAGGAGCUAGCCAGAACAGCAUUGCAUUUUCAAUUUCACAAUGGUGCGCGUCACAACAUCAAGCUUAGCCGCUCUGGCGCUGCUCGCUCCUGUAGCAUCAUCAGUUUCAGUAGCAGAAAACUUUCUCGAGACGUUACGCACCCCGCGCCCCUUCCAUGCUCAGACGUCGCCAAACCGGAACCGAACCUGCGUCGCUGAGUCCCACAACGACCACAAGACAGACGAUGCAGAGCACAUCCUCAAAGCAGUCAAAGACUGCAACAACGGCGGCCACGUAAUCUUCGCCGAGAAGCAGACCUACACCGUCGCCUCACCGCUGAACCUCACCGGCCUCUCGUCCGUCGACCUCGACAUUCAAGGCACCCUCUCCUUCCCCUCCGACAAUCUCACCUACUGGCAAGCCAAUACCUUCGACUUGCAAUACCAAAACGCCACGUCUUUCUUCGUGCUGGGCGGCAGCGAUAUCAACGUCUACGGCUCAGGCACCGUGCAAGGCAACGGUCAGGCAUGGUGGGACGAGUUUACCACCAACAAGGCACUCAAGCGCCCGGUGCUGUUCGCCGUCGUCGGGCUCGAGGGCGGCAGCGUGAGCGACAUAAAGAUGCGUAACUCGCCGUUCUGGCACAACAUCAUCGUAAACUCGAGCGACGUCGUGUACUCGGGCCUGGAUCUGUUCUCGACCAGCAACAACGGCAAUUUCGAGAAGAAUACGGAUGGCUGGGACGUGUACCGCAGUGAGCGCGUCACGAUUGAGAACUCAACCAUCACCAAUGGCGACGACUGUGUCUCUUUCAAGCCAAACUCGACAUCGAUUCUUGUGCAGAACCUGCAGUGCAACGGCACGCAUGGCAUCUCCGUCGGCAGCCUGGGCCAGUACCCGGCGCGCAUCGACUACGUGCUCGACAUCCUCGUGCGCAACAUCAGCAUGUACAACUCGUCCGAGGGCGCGCGCAUCAAAGUGUGGCCCGAUACGUACGCGGAGAAAUCCGCAUCGCUGACGGGCGGCGGCGGCAGGGGGCUCGUGCGCAACAUCACCUACGACGGCAUGUUUCUGGACAACGUCGACUACGGGCUCACCAUCACGCAGUGCUACGGGCAGGACGACGAGACCGAGUGCUUCAAGCACCCGAGCAAGCUGAACAUCACGGAUGUGACGUUCCGCAAUAUCCGCGGCAGGACGAAUCGCGUCUUCAGUCCGAUUGUGGCGCAUCUGGUGUGCUCGAGUCCGCACACGUGCUCGGGGAUUGUGGCGGAGAAUGUGGAUAUCCGGACCGUGAAUGGGAGUAAUCUGGUGACGUGCCGGAACGUGGAUGAGAGCACGCUGGGCGGGUUGGAUUGCACGGAUUGGAGCAAGGGGUAUAAUCCAGCGUAGAGAUGCAGUUGAUUAGCUGCAAAU